AUGGAUCUAAAUGUCUCUGCGAUUGGACUUGUUUCUCUAACCCUCUUCUGUUUCUUUUUCUGUCGUUUCUUCAAAUUUUCCAAAGGAAAAGCGGCUCCCACAGUUGCAGGUGCAUGGCCAAUACUUGGUCAUCUUCCAUUGUUGAAUGAUUCGAAGGCACCCCAUAGAACUUUGGGUGCUUUGGCUGACAAAUAUGGACCCAUUUUCACCGUCCAACUUGGUUCAAAAAAGACUUUGGUGAUCAGCAACUGGGAAAUGGCAAAGGAAUGCUUCACCACAAACGACGCGGUGGUUUCCUCUCGCCCCAAGCUUGCCGCCGCCGAACACAUGACCUACAACAAAGCCAUGUUCUCCGUAGCACCAUGUGGUCCCUAUUGGCGAACAACUAGAAAGAUUGCUACUUCAGAGAUUCUCUCCCCUCACCGAGUGAAGCAGCUACGUCAUGUUUUUGAGUCAGAAGUUCAAGGUUCCAUCAAGGAGCUCUUUAACUUUUGGUGUAGCAACAAGAACGAGUGUGGCUAUGCCUUGGUGGAGUUGAAGCAAUGGUUUUCUCAUUUGAUAUUCAACGUUGUUCUUCAAAUGGUUUUGGGAAAGCGAUAUUUUAGUUUAGGAACCGUGGAUGAUGAGAAGGCAGGAAGAUGUGUGAAGGCUGUGAAGGAGUUCAUGCGUCUUUUCGGGGUGUUCACAGUGGGAGAUGCUGUUCCUUGGUUGAGAUGGUUUGAUUUUGGAGGCCAUGAGAAGGCCAUGAAAGAAACUGCCAAGGAAAUGGAUAGUCUUGUAAGUGAGUGGUUAGAGGAGCAUAGACAAAACAAGGCUUUGGGUGGAAAGGUUGAUGGAUUUCAAGAUUUCAUGGACGUCAUGAUUUCAAUGCUUGAUGGACAAACGAAUAAUGGGGUCGAUGCAGAUACCAUGAUCAAAUCCACUGUACUGACAAUAAUUGCAGGAGCAACUGACACAAUCAGUGCUACUCUUACCUGGGCAAUGUGUUUGAUAUUAAGAAACCCUAAUGUAUUGGAAAAAGUUAAAGAAGAGCUUCACAUAGUUGGUAAAGAGAAAUGGCUAAGUGAGAAUGACAUUACUAAGUUAAUAUACCUUCAAGCUACAGUCAAAGAAACGUUAAGACUGUACCCUCCAGCUCCUCUUUCUGCACCUCAUGAAUUCACAGAGGAUUGUACUAUAAAUGGCUACAAUGUCACAAAGGGAACCCGUUUGAUUACAAAUCUUUGGAAGAUCCACACAGAUGAAUAUGUUUGGUCAGAUCCAUUAGAGUUUAAACCAGAAAGGUUUCUCACAACUCAUAAAGAUAUUGACAUGAAGGGUCAUCAUUUUGAACUGUUACCAUUUGGAGGAGGUAGAAGGAUUUGUCCUGGAAUAUCUUAUGGUCUUCAAGUUGUUCAUUUAGUUCUUGCUAGUUUUUUACAACAUUUCGAAAUCUUAAACCCGUUAACUGAAGCUCUUAAUAUGUCUGAAACUUUUGGAUUAACCAACACUAAAACCACUCCACUUGAUAUUCUGGUUAAACCAUGUCUGUCUUUUAAUUGUUAUGAAAGAGGUCUUUGCACAAAACUAUAAAAUAGGAGAUGAAGAUGUAUUUAAUUUUA